AUGUCAUCAGCAGUCACAAGUACGUCAGACUCAACUGCGCCGGGCAAUUCGCAGACUUUCAAAAAAAUCGCCACGAAGUAUUUUUUAUCAUGUACAGCUGCAUUAGUUGCCGAAACGGUCACAUAUCCUCUGGAUAUAACAAAAACUAGACUACAAAUCGCUAGAAAUAAGUUUACAAAAGGAGGGAUGGUGCAAGUAACAUACGAUAUCAUUAGAAGAGAAGGAGCAAUGGCUUUAUGGACAGGAGUAGCACCAGCAAUCACAAGACAUUAUAUCUACACAGGAAUUCGAAUGGGUGCUUACGAGCAGAUUCGUUUACUUACAUUUAAUAAAGAAGUAGAAAAGUCAUUUCCGUUAUGGAAGUCUAUGCUUUGUGGUGCAUUUUCUGGGCUUAUUGCUCAAUUCGCGGCUAGUCCGACCGAUUUGGUGAAGGUUCAAAUGCAAAUGGAAGGACUUCGAAGAUUGCAGAAACAACCUUUACGAUAUACAGGAGCAACCGAUUGCUUCAGAUCCCUUUAUCGAACACAAGGAUUUUUUGGAUUGUGGAUUGGUUGGAUGCCAAAUUGUCAGCGAGCAGCACUGCUCAAUAUGGCUGAUAUUGCUACAUAUGACAGUGUGAAGCAUGGGCUCAUUGAUAAUUUCGAACUUAAAGAUAAUUGGCUAACUCAUGCCGUUGCUAGUGCUUGUGCUGGACUUGCUGCUGCCAUUGUAUCACUUCCAUCAGAUGUCGUUAAAACUCGAAUGAUGGAUCAGAUUCGGCACGAGCUGGACGCCAAAAUGAUGCAUAAGAAAAAUACGCAUGUGGAUCUAUACAAAGGCGUCGUCGAUUGCUACAUAAAAAUUAUCAAAAACGAAGGAUUUUUCUCACUUUACAAAGGAUUCCUUCCAUCUUAUAUUCGAAUGGCUCCGUGGUCUCUUACCUUCUGGGUCUCCUACGAAGAAAUCCGUAAAUGGACCGGCGCUUCAAGUUUCUAGUUUUGCUUCAUAAUUCAGUUUAUAGUUUUUGCUUAAAAUUGUAAUUAGUUAUAGAUUUUUCAGUUUAUUUUUAAUUCAUUUAAUGUAAGCCCACGGGUUAUUGUCUUUUUUCUAUGAUUUUUGACAGAUAGGAAAUUAUUUUUUGUUGCGAGCUUCCGUCAAUCCCAUGUCUUUUUUUCUAAUUACCUGUGCCAUCUUUCUUCCCUUUUCGUUGCUCAUAGACUCUUUUCGGUGUAUUUUUUGCAUUUAUUUUUAGCGUUUUCGAAUUUGAGAUAUUCGUUAAAUUAGAUCAGUUUGUAUGUUG